AUGAAUUCUCAAGAAAAUUCUGGUUCAAAUAGUGAAAGCGAUAGUCAAGCUAGUAGUGAUAAUACACCUUUAUCUACAAAUCCAUUAACUCGUACAAAAAAAAGAAGUCAAAGUCAAUGUAAAAAAAGUUUUGUGUGGAAAUAUUUUGAUAUAGUUGGAAUGAAAGAUAUAUGUAAACAAAGAGAAAAACUAAAUAAAGCUAAAGUUAAAGUAAUAGAAAGAGACGGGCUUCCUUCAACUAGCUUAGUUAAUCUUGAUGUGUAUUCAGAAGAUAAUAAAGAAUCUGGAGAAGUUGAUAAUGGAAGUGAUAUUGAUUUAGAAGAACAAUCAAAUUUAAAUACUAUUGCAAAUCCUAUUUAUAAAACAAUUAACUUAACUAAAGAUUGUCCGACUAUUUUACGAAAUUCAGAUGAUAGGAAAGAUGUUGAAGAGCUGAUUAAAGUUUUUGAACCCUUUGAUCAAGCAACUGAAAUAUUUAGUGGUGAAAAAUAUCCAACAUUAUCAGUAGUAUAUCCUAUUAUCAAAGUUUUAAAGUUCGAAUUUGCGGUAGAUCCAAGUUUACCUUUAGCUGAAGAUGAUGAUACUAUUGAGGAAUAUGAACUUAAUAUAAUCAUUAGUGAAGUAUCUACACAAACCUCUUGCUCUUCUGAUAUAACAUCUUCAACCAAUCGCUAUUUUGCAUCAAUUUUUGAUGACAAUGACAAUAAUGAUAAUGAUAGACCAUUAGAUGAUAAACUAGACAUAUAUUUAGACAUCAAUAAG